AUGGCUUUCGAUGAAUACGCUAAGUCCAUUGAACCAGCUAGAGAUCCGCCUAGAAACAAUCGAGCAGCGAUAAUAGCUGGAUAUGGAUUAAACGAGCUCAACGAGACCUUGCCGCGCCAAGGUGCGGUUAGGAUUAUUAAAUGUCCGUUUGUCCAAACUGGUCGUCUGCUGUGCUCAACCAGCACGGUGAAGAGCGGGCCCGGAGACUCGGGAGGGGCGCUGACGUCAGCCGGCAAACUAGUGGGAGUUGUGUCGGGACUUGCCAGGCAAAACUGUGAUGAAUAUGAACAAACCGAUCCGAAAUACCCUUGUACUUCCGUUUAUGUGAAUGUUGCCGCUCAUUACCCAUGGAUGAAAAUUGUUAUGGGGUUAAAGACGUAG